AACGACUCCUCCAUAACCGAAAACCUUCAAGCCUCACACACACAAAGAACCAGUCAAUAUGGUGAGUCCCUUCUCUUCACCGAAGAGAUCGAAGAAAGAAAGCAAGAACCCUUAUUCAAAUCGCGGACUUGACAAGUUUUCUGCACUUCUAUCUGAUCUCGAGGAGAAGAGACAAAGCAUUUACGCAACUAGGCGCGACUCCGAUGGGCCUCCUCUCGUUCGGUUUGUGUUCAAAAGCUCCGGAGAAUGCGUCCCUGUGAUGAUCAAAACAAAGAAGAUAACCAAUAAGAAGAAGGUUGAUGGUCAAGAAGAUGAUCUCAAGAUCAAGACCGAGUCAAAAACAAAGGAGGAAGAAGAAAGAAAGGAGACAGAGUCAGAAACUAAGGAGGAGAAACAUAGAUGUGUAUUGAACAAGAAUCUUAAGAAGAUUUCAAGACCGAAGCGUUUCUUGCCUGUGACGGUGAUCUUGGUUUUGAUCUUCUUGGCGUUUUUUGGACGAACUGUUUCGAUUAUGUGCACUUGUAUCGUUUGGUAUUUGGUUCCAAUGAUCAAAGAACAUAGCAGAAAGAAAGGAUCAACGUACAAGACCAAAAGAAAGAAGAAGAAAAUGAACGAGAGGAUGGCUCGUGAUGAAACUGUUAUCAAGGAGAAGCUUCUGAAUAUGGCUGCUCCUGGUAAAACUCGGUGAUGAUAACUGACAUAACCUUUUUUUCUUUUAGUUGUGUUUGAAAGUUCUUUCUUUUAUUCGUUUCAUCUGACGUUUAACCUUAAUUUUUUGUUUUGUU